CACCGUGGUGAAUCCUUGAACUUUUUUUUUCAAGUUGUGUCAUCGCAAACGACGGGUCAUAUGACACCGAAGCGUGUACAGCUCUUGUAAGCAUUUGUCCCUCCGUUUUUCCUCACUCAGCUCUAAUUCUUCACACAGGACACUCGAGAGGACAGAAUGCUGCCUUUCGUAAUUAUUGCAGUACUCUUGGCUUUUGCCUCCAGCAAGCCACUCGAUACUGAAGGAUCCAACAACAAGCUGCUCCUGUCACUAAACAAGAAUCUUCUUCGCUCUCUGGAAAAUCAGGAUGGACUUCCUAAUCCCAGUGUCCACCUGGCUCUUCGACUGUCAAAUCACCACAACCAAGCCAAGGAGACAGAUUAUCUCAACAGACUGAAAAAUAACCUGCACGAUGACAUUCAAACUUCACUCACAAACAGCCAGGCUGUGACUGGCCUCAUCGCUCUGUACAGUCUGGCCCUGAAGUCCUCCUGCUAUGACCUCAACACCAUCACCUUCUUGGUGAACGACAAGAAUGAGACACUGCUGACACACCUAAAGAGACAGAUGGAGCAGGAGAAAGAUCACAUCGCCUUCAGCCACCGCCCUUUGACCAACUAUUACCAGUACAGCCUGGGUGUGCUCGCUCUCUGUGUGAGCGGCAUAAGGGUCAACCACCAUGUCAGCCACAAGCUCAUCAAAGCAGCAGAAAAUGAGAACUUCAACCAUGGAGAAACGGAGAGUGUUGAUACCUAUGCUAUGGCUGGAAUGGCCCUCCAGUGUGUGAAGGACUCUGGGUCAUAUGCGCACAAUGCAGCAGAGCUGGACACAUCUCUCAACAAGAUCAAGCAGAAGCUUCUGGCCUCUCGUAGAUCUGACGGUCAUAUUGGCAAUGAGUUCAGCACAGGUCUGGCAGUUCAGGCCUUAUUGGCAAUGGGCAGUGAGAUUGGAGAGUGUGCUGCAUCAAUGGAGGCCAUGAGAACAGCUGCCAGAAGUAACACUUACCACAACCCCAUGGCCAUUUCUCAGACUCUGCCAGGUCUACAGGGAAAAUCCUACCUGUCGGUAAAAACUCAGGACUGCCGCAACGAGGAUGACACAUUGGUGGACACAUCGGAGCCCGUAGUUCCUGUUGUGGUUUUACCAAGUGAAACCAAAGUGAAUAUGAAGGUAGAAGUGGUGACGGCCAGCGGAGCAGCAGCUCUAUACUCUGUGGACGUGCCAAAGGGGAGAUCCCUGCUGGAAGCCCUCAAGCUGCUUGAGAGAAGGAAUGUUGGCUUCACAUUUCAGAAGGAAUCCAGUCUUUGGGGACCAUUCUUAAGCGCAGUAAACGGAGAGCAGGCCAGGCAAAGCGACCGCAGAUACUGGCACCUUUCUUCUGAUGGCACGGCUCUCACUGAGGGUGUUGGCGAUUUCAAGAUCAACGCUGCCCAAAAGAUCACCAUCAAAAACACAAGUUACUGAUAAUGCAGCUCUAACUACCAUGACUUACAAAUUCUUUACCUUCAAAUGUUUUCUAUCACUAUUCUAAUCUGUGAUUAUAGCUAAAUUGUCUGCUGCUAUAAUGUAUGUGUGCACGCAUAAAUGGCUUGCAAAAAAAUGUAAUUUGGCACUACUUUAAUGGUUUUUGCUCAGCGUUUUAAUUUCAGUACCUAAAUUGUAAAAUGAAUAUUUACAAUUUUGUGAAACGUUUCAUGAAAUUGUGCUCUUUAAACAAAAUAAAGUUGUUGUGACCUAUUAAA